UUCAUCCCUCCCUCCAACCAAAGGGAUGGCGAGUAAUCAGACACUUGGCGCAGGCGCACAAGUGGCUUCCCAUCACUUUAUUUAGUAUCCGUUUCUGUGAGGCAGAUACCCGCUAACUGCGAUCGGCCUGUAAAGCACUUUUAGUCGUUGUGCUCGGUGAUUGGAAACUCUUGAUUGUUAAAUAACCUCGCUGGUGUGUGAUUUUGGUUGCGCACUCUUUAUCAGUGAAUGGUUACAUCCCUCCCACGUGCUUGUCGGCGCUUAAGACGGUAUUCCCAUCUUUCGCUUGAAGGAGCGCAUCCUUGCGUAAAAUGCUAAUUUUUGAAAGCAAGUGAACUCGAAUUUAGUGGAAUAUAUUUCGAUUCGAUAGACUUUCGAUUUCAGUGAAUUCAGUUUUAAACUUUCUUCAAACUGCCGUUUUGAAUUCGGAAGUUUUCAAGCAAAUGGGGACUGUGAACUAUCUGAUGAUAACUACUAUUUAUUAUUGAGAAAACUGUUUGUAUAUGGAAUGCAAAAAAACAAUUAAUUCCUGUGUACGGAAAAUAUCUCAGAAAUACUUUUUUGGCCACUGUGAAAAAGUUUGCUGUCAGUGACAUAAAUAAAUUUUUGUGGAAGAGAAAAAUAAUAAUAUUAUUAUAUGCUGAAAAUUUAUCCGGAAAAAAAGGUUGUUAUUAAGGAACAGCAUUAAGUCAGGAAAAAAUAUAUAUAUUGCUUGAAAAAUAGUGUACGCUUCAUGAAAGUAAAAAUAAUUUAAUUACCAAAGUUAUGUAUGUUGUUAAAACUCAUAUCAUUUUAAAUUGAAUCGAUUUAACCUGAAGAAACAACUGAAAAACUGUCAGUCUAUGAUUUUUAACUAUAAUUCAACAUUAAAAGCAAUUUCAUUUUUAUUUUAAAGCUAUAUUUGUAUUUAAUGAUCACAGUUUUCUUUAUGCUUUUAUUAAAGCUAAAUGAAACAUAUUUCUAAUUUCACAAGUAAAUCUACGGAAAUAAACUUGAAAAGUAAUAUCGCCUGAAGCACAUCACCCUUGAAAUUUUAAAAGAUUCAGCUUGAAAGAAAAUGCCAGUGAAAAUUUCAUUCCUACAAAAAUGAUCGAUGGGAAGAUUAAUACAGCGAGGAAAUUCAACUGAAUAAAAUAAUUUCAAAUUCAUUUCUUACCUUUAAAAAAAAUAAGAUACGAAACAAAAUAUCACUGAAAAGAACGAACGAAUUCAAAUCAUCUCAGCGAGCCUUUAUUAAUAAUUUUUUUUUUAUCGUUUACUUUCAAAGGAAAAGGAAUGCUUUGAAUUCCCUUAAAAAAAGUUUUGAACAGAAAUUAUUCAAACUCGUCUGAUCCGUAUUCUCAUUCAAUUCAUUCUGAGAGUGCAUCCGUGUGAGCAAAUAUUAUUCGGAGAAGGUUUAGAUUUUUGUAUUUCAUUGAUUCCGAAACCUAGGAGGAAACAAUCCAAUUUUGAUCGAUUUCAAUUCGCCGAAAAAGAAGCGAGACAGAUUCAACUCGGAACAGGAAUGAAGCACGACAAAAUGCACAUGACGAGGAAACACGUAUGGUUCCUUGUGUUUUUGGCAGCUGCAUCGGCGCAGCUGAAAGCUGAUCUAGAGCCUGAGUUUGUUCAGAGCAUUCCAAACGUCACUGCAGUUCUUGGAGGCGAGGCUGAGCUACCGUGUACGGUGGAAAAUUUAGGAUCCUAUAGGGUUGCUUGGAUCAGAGUAGAAAGUCAAACUAUCUUAACUAUUCACAAAAAUAUUAUUUCAAGAAACUAUCGUAUCACUCUAAACCACAAGGACCAUCGUCACUACAACUUGCACAUUACGAAUGUACAGGAACAGGAUCGAGGCAGCUAUAUGUGUCAAAUAAAUACAGUUCCAAUGAAGAAGCAAAUAGGAUAUCUUGAUGUCGUAGUGCCUCCACAAUUCAACCAGACAGAUCGAAGCACUGAAGUGCUUGCACGUGAAGGGACCAACGUGACGCUAAGUUGUGCAGUGACUGGUCAUCCUCAGCCCACUGUCACGUGGCAAAGGGAAGAUGGACAAGCAUUUACCGCUGGACCAGCGCACAACAAGGUCAAAAAAAAUUCUUAUGAAGGUGAGGAUUUGGUGAUAUCCAAAGUAAGCCGUCUACAUAUGGGUACUUACAUUUGCACAGCGGAAAACGGAGUGCCGCCCUCCAUGUCCAGGAGAACGCAGCUUUAUGUGCACUUCCCUCCGAUGUUGUGGAUCCCUAACCAGUUGAUAGGGGGUUCCGUGGGCAACAGCGUCACCCUGGAGUGUUUGGUGGAGGCCUUCCCGAAGUCCCUCAACUAUUGGACACGGCAUGAUGGCCAGCUCCUCAUAUCAGGGGAUCGCCACACCGUGACCGUGCAAGAGAACACUUACAAAAUGCACAUGACGCUCACCGUGCGCAGGCUCACCAAGACAGACUUUGGGACCUACACUUGCCUGGCCAGGAAUUCACUCGGCUCCACGGAAGGAACCAUCAGAGUUUACGAAACUAUUAAUCCGCACAGUACAAGUACAGCCAAAACAGAUUACGUAGAAGAUGAAAGGUUAGAAAUGCUGGAUGAUUCUCUGAGCAGAGAGAGGAAUUUUCCGAAUCAAUCACCUGCACAUGAACCAGCCAGCACACAAGAUACCAAGCGCAGCAAUGCCGCAACCGGCAGUCCUCUACUAAUCCUCAUGCCAUUGGUCUUGUUCGCUCCAUUCCUUCUAUGAAAGGUCUCUUGUGUGUCUACAGAACUGCUCAAUGAUCAAGAAUAGUCACUGAUCAACAUUAGCGACAGAAGAGAACUAAGCCAAGUGCUUCAUUUUAUGUUGAUUUAUGUGAAUAAGAAAUCGAGAGUUUAGAACUUUUCUGAGGACUUGUUAUCAAGCUUCUUCAAAGUUCAAUCAGGUGAAGAUCAAAAUGGGAUACUUUUGUAAAACUCCUCCUGAUUUCUAAUUUUGUAUUUAACCUCAUAGAUUCAGAAAAAUGGACUCUCUAAGGCAAGGUUUUCGCUGUCAUUUGUUAUAAAUAAAAAUUGAUUAAUUAUAGAGACAUUUUAAGGAUAUAAUGGUAUAAUUGAUUGCGUUAAGAAAGGGGUAAUUGUCUCAAUUUAUGGUGAAUUGGUGCUUAUUAUUGAAUUCCUUUUAGAGAUUAUAAGGAAAUGUCUUAUCUGAAAAAUAUCUUACUUAAGGGUGCUUGAAAUUUUUUUUGAGCUAUAAUUUGAACAGAAAUUCUUUUUAUAGAUUCAAAGCUUUUUUUAUAUGCAUUUUGAAAAUUUGAUUUAAGGAAAUAUAAUACCAUUCUUGAAUCCUUAUUUAUUGUUUGCUUAAAUAAAAUGUAAAUCUAUUAAGGGAAGGGGAUUUUCCUUAUUGUGCUUCUUUAUUAAAAUCCAUUUUAUACUGCAUUAUAUUUCAUGAGAUAUUAUUUAAAAAAAUAAUAUGAAAAAUUGAAUAGUCAACAGUUUAUUUACACUCUCAUUUUCGUUCUUUAAAUUCUUCAUUUGGUAGACCCCUCCCCACCUCCUAUAUUUUAUUUUAUUUGUUUUUAAACGAUAUGAAUAUAAUGGUGUUUUUUUUUUUAUUUAUUUUAACCGAGAAGAAAUAGAGAUUUGGGAAAUAUACGUUUUUUUUAAAACUAUUAAUAUCAUUCCGGCUCAAUAAUAUCAUAGUUCAUCGAAAAAUUUGAUACUUUGAGAUCUU